UCAGCUGUCGAGCCAUGGGGAACAACAACACGGACGACGACGGUGGGCUGUUGGCCGGGCGUGGGUCAGAACCCCUGGGACCGGGCGCCGGGCUUGGGGGCGCGGGUGUGGCGGCGCUGGUUGGGGGCGUGCUGCUCAUCGGCUUGGUGUUGGCGGGGAACUCGCUCGUGUGCGUGAGCGUGGCCUCCGAGCGCACCCUGCAGACACCCACCAACUACUUCAUCGUGAGCCUGGCGGCCGCCGACCUCCUUCUUGCAAUACUUGUGCUACCACUCUUUGUCUACUCCGAGGUUCAGGGUGGCGUGUGGCUGCUGAGUCCCCGCCUCUGUGACACCCUCAUGGCCAUGGAUGUCAUGCUAUGCACUGCUUCCAUUUUCAACCUGUGCGCCAUCAGCGUGGACAGGUUCGUGGCCGUGACGGUGCCGCUAAGCUACAACCGUCAGGGUCAGCGCCAGCAGCUGCUCAUCGCCGCCACAUGGCUGCUAUCUGCCGCGGUGGCUGCGCCGGUGCUGUGCGGCCUCAACGACGUGCCUGGCCGCGAUCCAGCCGUGUGCCGUCUAGAGGACCGCGACUACGUGGUCUACUCGUCCGUUUGCUCCUUCUUCCUGCCCUGUCCACUCAUGCUGCUGCUUUACUGGGCUACUUUUCGCGGCCUGCGGCGCUGGGAGGCAGCCCGGCAUACCAAGCUGCACAGCCGCGCGCCGCGCAGACCCAGCGGCCCCGGCCCGCCCGUGUCGGACAGUGCUCAGGGCCCCCUUUUUCCACAAUGUCUGCCCCCUUCACCCAGCCUCCUGCAAAGCCCCAGCGGCUCCAGCCAGCCUGAGCCAGAUCUCUCUCAGAGACCCUGCGGCCCUGAGUGUCCGCUCCCGGAUGCAAUGCUCCAGCAACCGCCGGCACUGCCUUCCUGCAGGAGGGGCGCCAAGAUCACAGGAAGGGAGCGCAAGGCAAUGAGAGUCUUGCCGGUGGUCGUCGGGGCCUUCCUGAUGUGUUGGACGCCUUUCUUCGUGGUGCACAUCACGCGGGCGCUGUGUCCAGCUUGUUUCGUGCCCCCUAGCCUGGUCAGUGCCGUCACCUGGCUGGGCUAUGUCAACAGUGCCCUCAACCCUAUCAUCUACACCAUCUUCAACGCCGAGUUCCGCAGCGUCUUCCGCAAGUCUCUCCGUCUCCGCUGCUGAAAAGGCCACUGCUGCUGUCCUGAGGUCAGGGAGAGCCAAGCCUGUGGGCGGAGUGCGCUGGCGCAUCUGAUUAAACGAAUUAUUUCCUAAUCAUUUAUGAAGGCUGGGGGUUGGGGAGGA